CCUCUUUCCCUCGCACUCGCCUUCACAGCUAUCUUCCCCACCAAAUACAACCUCACCCGACAAUGCCGGUCUCCCAGCCCCACUCUCAAUCCCACUCCCAGUCCCACUCCCAGUCCCCCUCCCAGUCGGGCGCAACCAUCGACUUCUACAACACACAACCCUCGUCCUCCUCCCCACUCUCCGCCUCUUCUACCCCUGCCCUCGAACCGCCAUCCUCCUCGACAAUGCCCACCACCUCCGCAACAUCCAGCUCCACAAAUACAACUAUUAAAGCUGCGUUCCCACAAGCACGCGUCAAGUCGAUCAUGAGAGAAGACAGAGGCGUGGGUGGAGUGGGACACGACGCGGUUUUCGCCACGACACUUGCGACGGAAAUGUUUCUGGAAUAUAUUGUGGAAAGGAGCUUUGCUACCGCUAGGACCGACGGAAGGAAGGUUAUCGCUUACAGGGAUAUUGGUGGGUGUUUGAGUACGACCAGAGGGGCCGAGCGAUAGCGAGCAGAAUUGCUUGUGGGUUCCGAGCGAUAGCGAGGAGAGUGCUUGAGGUUCGCGAGCCAUGCGAGCCGCGCGUGAAGCGAGCGAUGGUGGCCUGUCUGCAACGAGCG